AUGAUAGUAAAUCUAUUUUCCAUUUUUGAUCCAUCUACCAGUAUAUGUUUAUCAUUAAAUUGACUAUCAAUAAUAAUCAUACUACUAAUCAACCCAAUAUCCUUAUGAUUAUUACCUUCUCGACUACAUAUAUCAUUUAACUUAUUAAUAAUGUUCAUUUUUAAUGAAUUUAACUUAAUUGUAAAUAACAAAUUUAAUACAAACUUAUUAAUUUUCAUUAUACUAAUAUUAUCAAUCAUAACUAUAAAUCUAAUAGGAUUAAUACCUUACAUCUUCACUCCUACAAGUCACCUUGUAGUCAACUUAACUAUAUCUUUAAUUCUAUGAGUAAGAUUUAUAAUAUAUGGAUGAUUAGUAAAUACCAACCAUAUACUUAUUCAUAUAGUUCCAAUAAAUACACCUACUAUAUUAAUAAGAUUUAUAGUAUUAAUUGAAUCAAUUAGAAAUUUAAUUCGACCCUGAACACUAACAAUUCGUCUUAGAGCAAAUAUACUAGCAGGUCAUUUAAUAAUAACCUUAAUAGGAUCUUCAAUAAAUAAAUUCCUAUUAUUUUUACCUUUAAUAAUUAUAAUACAAAAUAUAUUAAUUAUUUUAGAAAUAUCUGUAUCCUUAAUUCAAGCAUAUGUACUAUCAAUCCUAAGAACAUUAUAUUUUAAUGAAUCUAAUAACUAUGAUAAUAACUAACCACCCAUUUCAUUUAGUAACUUUAAGACCAUGACCUAUAAUUACAUCAUUUAAUAUCAUAAAUACAUUAAUGAGAAUCAUCAUCCUAUUCUACAAUCAUUACUCUUAUACACUUAUUAUAAAUUCAAUUCUACUAAUUAUAUCAAUAUUACAAUGAUGACGAGAUGUAAUUCGAGAAAGAACUAUACAAGGAUUUCAUACACUUACAGUAUCAAAAUUAAUAAAAUACAGAAUAAUUUUAUUUAUUAUUUCAGAAUUAUUUUUCUUUAUCUCAUUUUUCUGAGCAUAUUUUCACAGAUCAAUUUCCCCUAAUGUAGAAAUUGGAAGAACAUGACCUCCCUCAAAUAUCAUAAUAUUCAACCCUUUUGAUAUUCCAUUACUAAAUACUAUUAUCUUAAUUUCUUCAGGAAUAACAAUCACAUGAAGUCAUCAUCUAUUAUUAAAUAAUCAUACAAAAUCAUUAAAUCUAAUAUUAAUUACAAUCAUUCUAGGAGUGUGCUUCUCCUCAUUACAAUAUUUAGAAUACAAAGAAGCACUUUUUACAAUCAAUGACAGAAUCUUUGGAUCAAUUUUCUUCAUAAUGACAGGAUUUCACGGAUUACACGUAAUUAUUGGUAUCUUAUUUAUAUUAACAUGCUAUCUACGUAUAUUAAAACUACAAUUAUCAAAAACCCAUCAUUUCAAUUUUGAAGCAGCAUCAUGAUAUUGACAUUUUGUAGACAUCGUAUGAUUAUUUCUUUAUGUAUUUUUAUAUUGAUGAUCUAGAUAAUAUAUAUAAUAUAUAAUAUAUA